AUGGAGAAUCUAAUCCAAUAAAAAUGUUUUAAACAUGAUCAAGAUUUUUUAGCUGUUCAAAUUGCUUAAGAAAAUAAAGAUGAGAAUAAAUAUUUUUGCCCUUAAUGUUUAAUUGAACUUAUAACUAAUAAAGAAUUGAUACUAAUAAGUUAAGCAAAGAUACAAAUAGAGAAUAAAAAAAAGGAGAUUUCUAAAAGAAUAUAAGAACAAUGUUAAGAAAAAAUAAAUUUAAUAAGCAAUAUUAAAAAAAGUAUAGAAGAAUUAUAGUGUCCUAUAAAAUAAGUGUUUAAUUCAAUUAUUGGAGAAAUUGAAUAAUUAAAAAGCGAAACCUGUAAUUAACUUUAAUAAAGUCAGAUACUUACUUCUGAAACUUAAAUCUCUGAUUAAGAUUUAAAAUUAUUAAAAGAUGAUUAGAGUAGUUUAUCAACAUAAGAAGAAAUCGAUGAAUAAUUAAAAAAAUAAGUAUUCCUUUAAAUUAAAUACUCUUAUUAUUCUUAAUAAUUAAAUGAAAUUCUUAAAUAAUUUGAAAAAAUAGCAUCCUUACAUAAUGAUAGUUUUGAUAAUUCUGAUAGUACUUCAGAAUAAAGCAAUCCUAAAGACUAUGUAAUUUUUUAUAUUUAUAUAGAAAACGAUAUCUUAAAAGUGUAAAAUUCAUAAUUAAUAAUUAAAAAUGCUAAAACUUGAUUAAAAUAAUAAAGUUUAAAAAUAUGCCUGUAUUUAAUGUAUAUCAGAAACAUAAGGAAAAUACAUAACACCUACUUAAGUGUAAUAAUCUUUUCAUGAUUACUUAUAACAAUCAGAAAAGUUAUUAAAAUAUUUUUAGUAAUUAAAAAAGCAAUCUACUAGUAACAAAAUAAGUUUGUUAAAUAAAAUAAGGGAAAUGUACAUAUAAAAUAUAAAUUAAUAUAUUCAAUAAUUAGAAGAAAGUGAAAAGUCUUUUAAAAAUAUUAUUGAGACAAAUUUAUAAUAUAAGGAUCAUAACAUAUUAUUAUUAGAAUAAGAACUAUAAUUGAAAAUAUUGGAACCAGUAUAUUCAAAAGAAAGUCCAGAUAAUUAUUAUAAUAUAAUUAAAAGAGAAUUAGAAUAUGAGAAAAAUUUGUAAAUCAAAUUUGAAGAAAGUAUGUAAGAAUUGAUUUAAUUCGAAAUUCAAAAUUCUAAUCAAAUAUAUAUUGAAUAAUUAGAGCAUUAAGACCUUUUGAAAAAACUAGUAAACAAUAUUCAAUUAGAAAAUUUAGUAUAAGACAAUAAUCUCAUAUCAGAGAUUUCAAAAGAUGAUGAAGAAAUUUUAAAUUUAGAAAAAUAAAUAAAUAGUUUUCUAUCUAAAAAAAUGAAAAUAUGUUUAAAGUAUAAUUAAUUGUUAGAAAUAUUUGAAAAUCGUAAUAUUUUAUAGAUUGAAGAAGCACAAUUGAUUUAGAAAUUAAGUGAUAAACAAAAAAAACUAAAAGCCAAAAAUAUCAAUUGUGAAAUAGGGAAAGAAUAAUUUUAAAUAAAAUAAGAAAAGCAAAAUAGACAUUUAGAAAGAUUAAUGACUAACAUUAAUUCAACCUCGUUUUUUAAUUACACAUAAAAAGAAAUUACAACAUAAGACUUUGAUAAAAACUAAAAUGUUGAAAAGGAAAUAAAUUAGGUUAUAUAUAAAUUUUUAAUUUGUAGUGUAGAUUCGUAAUUGGUCGAUUUGAAGCCCUAAAAAUAGUAUAGAAUAAUUCUUAUUUCCCUUAAUUUGAUAAUAGUACUAAAUUACCUACCUUAUAAUUAGUUAAUCAAAAAUUAAUUAAAUGUAAUUAUAUUCUUAAUUAACUACUAGCCUCUUAAGGAGUAUUUGGAUUAGCUGUCAUAUAACCUCCAUUACCAAGUGAUAAAGUAUCAACAUUCAUUUUUUAAAUAAAUGUAUAAUAUUUAACAAUAUUAGUAAUCAAAAUCUCUAACAGGAAUUGGAAUUUGUAACUUGUAGGCAGCUAAAGGCUUUAAUUAUGAUAUGACUGCAAAUCAUUAAUCUAAAAGCCAUAAUGCUUAUCUUGUAUGUUCUAAUGGAUAUUAAAUUUCAAGUAAAUUAGGUUAUACUAAUACUAAAUUUACAUUUGAAAAUAAUGGAAUCAUACAAUGUGAAUAUAAUCCAAUGAAUUUAAGAUUAAAUUUUAAACAUUUGAAUGUAUAAAAAUAAUAUAAUAGUAUUAGGAUGGAAGAACUUAUUAAGUCGAUUUGGCUAAAAAUAGUUUAAUUAUGUCUCCAUGUGUUAUGCUAAGUGGAGAUGCAGAAAUAGAAAUAUUAUGA